AUGAUGCAACCACAAGUGCCAGCUCAACCCACAGUGAAAGUAGAAGGCAAGGAUGUAGCCCAAGUCAUAGUGGCAGACCAGAAACUAGGUGAGAGAAAAAAAAUCAACUUAGUGGUCGAAAAGCUAAAUAAAGACAGCGUCCAAGAAGUGUCUGACUUAAUACUUCAGCCGCCAGAAGAUAAACAAUAUGCAGUGCUGAAAGAGAGAUUACUUAGCGUCUAUGAAGAGUCAGACAGUCAAAGAAUCCGGAAACUAAUGAAAGGAAUCGAUCUGGGAGAUCAGAAACCGUCGCAGCUGCUACGAAGAAUGACGGACCUUAGCAGAGGAAAAUUCCCAGACGAUACCCUGCGCAUCCUGUGGAGUGAGCAUUUACCAGCGGCAGUACGUACCGUGUUGAGUACCAGUGAAGUUACCGACCUGAAGAAGCUAGCUGAGCAGGCGGACAACAUCAUGGAGGCAGCGGAGACGAACGACACAGUCUCAGAAGUCACCUCCGGCGCGUCAACAUCGAGCACCGACGCAUUAGUAGCAGAAAUAUCGAAACUAAGCAAGAGGAUAGACGAUAUGCACACAGAUAGGCAGAAUAGGAAGAAGUCCUACGCACGAUCUCGUUCACCAUCUCCAAGGAGACGGAGGUACUACCCGUCGCAACAGCGGUUCAGGAAGAGAUCAACGGAUUGGGUGUGCUACUACCACUUUCGAUUCGGCAAUAAAGCUACGAGAUGUGAACAACCCUGCAGCUGGAAAGGUGGCGCCACGUCAUCGGAGAAACGCCAGUCGGGAAACUAG